CACGUACAAAUCAAGUCGAGACGGGACCGUGGAGAGAGGUAUUUAAUACGCGCCGAAAGACGUUUCAACUCAUUCGCACAAGCUCAGCGCAGUGGUUAAUUUAGUGAGGUGUCAGGUUCAUUUAGUCUUUUCCGAGAGAUCAACAGACUAUUUUCUUUUUGUAAAAUCGAGGCUGCACCCACCUUGAAGUAUAGACCCACGGAACGGUACUUGGAUUUUAUCAAUUUCCCGGAUAAUUAUUUUAAAAACAAUGUGGAAAAUUGGGGCAAAAGAAGCACUUUUGGCGCUUUCUAUAGACAUUUUAUUCUUCACAUGCUUGGUGUCAGCAGGAGAGUUUCCACGAGCACAAAAUGUCACCUGGAUAUCAACUAACUUCAAAACCCUGCUGACAUGGGGACCCAAACCAUCUGAAAACUAUUCCUACACCGUGCAAUAUUCUGUGGUGGGCGAGAACCGUGAGAAUAACCCCCACUGUAUCCAGAGCAGAGAGACCAUGUGUGACCUGUCGGCCUCCCUGAGCCGGCUGAAGGAGAGCUACAUCGCCGUGGUCCAGUCAGAGCCACCGCGGGGAGUCGCCUCCGACCUGGUCGAGCCCCCCUACACCCGAUCCCAGGCCUUCUGCCCCUACCAAGACACUGACAUCGACAGACCGGACUUUACGAUUGUGGUGGGGAAGGACAAGCGGUCAGUCACGCUGAACGUUAUGGACCCGCUGACCGCGCUGUUCGACGGGAACCAGCAGCAGUCCAUCAGGGACGUGUUCGGUGAUGAGCUCCAGUACAGGGUCACCUACAGGAGACACUCCAGCACCGGCAAGAAAGAAUACACCUCGGCGGGCAGUGUGGUCGAGCUGAAGAAGCUGGACCGGGGGGAGAGCUACUGCUUCGAGGUGCAGGCCUACAUCCCCAGUCGCAAGCCUGGGAAGCGGCUGGGGGCGCAGAGCCAAACCCAGUGCUCCGAAGGGGAGAAGUCCUUCACUGAUGUGUACUCGGUGCCAGUGAUCGCGGGGGGCAUCCUCCUCAUCCUGGUCAUUGUGUCCGUGGCCAUCGUGGUGGCGGUGGUCUGCCUCAAGUGCCGGAGAAAAGCCCAGGAGACCGCAAAAGAGCGCGAGCUUCUGUGAUCAGCUUAACGCCGUGUGUGUGUGUACGUGUGUGUACGUGUGUGUGUGUGUCUGUGUGUGUGUGUGCGGGGGGGCAGGGCUGAUGGGCAUGGUACAGCUGCUGGGUGGGAUCCAACAGUCCUCUUCAAAAGGCGGGGAGAAACACAGAGGGGCCACAGCAAGGUCAACAUUCCACUGUGGGACGCUGGAAUUGUACUCUCAACCCUGGUUUCUGUGAAACCACCUUUUCUCAUCCUCUAGCUCUAGCUCUACAGUUCUACGCCGACCAGAGUGAGAAAACGUGAGCAAAACUCACUCUAAGCUUCUGUGAAUAGUAUAUAUUUUUAUACAAAUCCUUAGGUAGACUAAUGGGAGGUCCCUGGUAAGCUCAUUGUAUAUCCUUGGUGAAUAGUACUGCUGAUUUUUAACUCUCUCUGGUUACGGUACCAUUGGCUUUUAUUUAUUUAUCGUUCUUACGGCUAACUUUAAAUUAACUAUGGGAGAUAAGGGUUUGAUCUUGAAAGACUACACAAUAAUGGAAAAUCAAAAACUAGUAUGUUAUAUUUUUGUAUUUAUUAUUUAUUAUUUAAAAAAAGCAAUGAAAUUGCUCUUUAUGUAUGAUGGUGGUUUUUUAUGUUGUUCAAAAAUGUUCACGCAAGUUUGUUCGAUUUGUAUUGCUAAAAAAACUAAAACAAUUAAAUUAAGUCAUAGAAAGAAUUCCCAAAAUAGAAAAAAUAUGUUUUUAUUUGAAAAGGUUUACAUUGAUUUGAACACUGAUUGGCUGUUAUGAAAUUAAUUAGUAUCAUUUGUACUUGUAAACAACUAAUACUGAUUCAACAAUACAUCACAAUAAAACAAAAAAAUAAUGUUUUUCCUUGUGUUACCUAGUGUUUAUGAUUUGCAAAUGACCCCCCGAAAGCGAUAGCUUUCAUUCAUUUAUCCUUCAACGCAUACAAAAUGACAGUAGUGGUAGUUGUAAUGGUGGUAGUAGUAGUGUCAGUAGUAGUGGGUUAUUCCCUGCUAGACACAGGAUUGAUACCGCUGAUCGAGUCUUAGUCCCCCGUGUCAAAUCGCUGCAAUUCAGAGGGUUGAAUAUCCUUCCUUCAAACUUGGAAAAAAAACUAAAAACAAUAUCCUCUCUUCCGUCAGCCACUACCAAAAGCUAGAAUCUAAUUAUGUGAGAAACACUAAUGUGUAGAGUAACGUUAUGAAGUUACAACUGCGGACAACAGGACUGGGCUACCCAAAAAAACACAUUAUCUACGGCAGUUUGGCUUGUCCACUAAUAUAACUGACAUUACAAGUUUGCCUGAUGAAAUUUGGGGCAAUUUUCAUCAGAAUAAAAAAGAAAAAAAUGUCUAUUAACCCCGAAUCCCAAAUCCAUUAACUCUAUACAUGUUCCUCUGCCAAUGUUAAGGAAUUUAUAUCUAAUGAGGAGCUUAAGUUAUCAAACUGUGAAUAUGGUUAAUAAAUUGCUGAUUCUAAGCAUCAAAUUCGACAUUUGUACAACAAACCCAACCCCUCAAGUGUUGCGAGGUCCCAGUUCUGCGCGGUACACACAUUUCCCAUCCGUCUGUAGAAAGCUGAUGGACAUUGCUUUCUCUGUGACCUCAAAGUAAGACAUUCCUCCAGAUGUGUGAUUGACAGGGCUGGAGUAGAGUUGCCAGGACAACGGUACGCUGUCCCUGUGAUCAGAGGAUUCGUCGCUGACGACCCCGCUGCCACUGAUGACGUAGGAGCUCCCAUCAUCCUCUCUGAUGAACUGAUGGGAAGAUGAUUGUAAAGGUGCAAUCAUAACAAACUAAAAACAUCUUCAGUUGAUGUCCUUACUACUAUUUCACUGGAAUAUUCUGUAAGCCUGAAGAGUUAUGAUUAUAUAAAAUAUGGCCAACGGGAAAAUGUCACUAAGGCUGAGGAGAAACAACACUCCACAGUCAUGCUAAACUGAUAGUUAAGUCCUAUCACACUACCUGGUUAUACUAAACUAAAGUCAUACAAACCUACAAUCAUACAAAAAUUCCACACUCAUACCCAACUCCGGUCAUAUUAAUCUACAAGGUCAUACAAAACUACAGUCAUCGAAACCCCACUGUCUACACCAAUAUGAUACUAAAGCAUUUAACUACAGUAGUUACUAGUCAUACCAAACUACAUUCAUAUAAAACUACAGUCAUGCUAAACCCUACUGUCUCAGUUGCACACAGACAUCUAAACUCCACAGUCAUACUAAACUCCAGUAAUACUAAACUCCACAGUCAAGCUAAACUCCACAGUCAUGCUAAACUCCAGUCAUGCUAAACUCCACAGUCAUGCUAAACUCCAGUAAUACUAAACUCUACAGUCAUGCUAAACUCCACAGUCAUGCUAAACUCCAAAGCCAUACUAAACUCCACAGUCAUACUAAACUCCACAGGUAAACUAAAUUACAGUCCUACUAAACUCCCCAGUCCCACUGAAGUGCUCCUCACCUGCAGAUCAUGGUCGUGGCCACACAGGUACACAGUGACCUGGUACUUCUUCAGUAACGGACGCAGCCUCUCCAGCAGGCAGGGGGUGGGCCCGUGAUGGCCGAUGGACCACACGGGGUAGUGACCAGCCACAACAAGGUAGUCCGACCUGCGGAACGUAGCCACCAUAGUCCUGGUUGUUAGUAAUGGCCAUACGAGCUAAAUCCAAAGUGACAAAGACAGAAUAUUUCACUGAGGUUCAUUUCAUGUGUCCACCGAUAGUAGAAACAAAAAGAGAGAAAGUGAAAAGAGCCGAUGUUGACCUAGAUGACACACACGACACCUGAUGUGAAUCUGAGAAACUAGGCUGUUGUUUACGGGGUCAGAACAGUCUCAUUGAUAAUAAAUGCACAGAGAAGGAUUCACAAAUGUACUGUAUAUUGUGAUUUAUAUAUAAAUUACUCUCUUCUCACAAAAUCAUUUCAAUGCAAACACAAAUGGAUAUCGGUAUGUAUAAAUGUGAAAUAAAACCAUAAGUUUCACAAACACAUUUCUGAUCCACAGACAAAUGUGUCUUGUUUUAAAUAUAUGUAACAUAAAUCCAUAAAUAUAUUAAUGAAAAAAAUAUUUGCAAUUUUCAUCAAAAAUGUAUUUGGAUGUUGUUACAUUUAUAUACAAACUGUUCAACUUGAAUUAACAAGACACAUUUCAUUUGUGAACUUGUUUGCAUUUGUGUGUGAAUGAACUGGUCUGCAUUUAUUUGCACAUUUUUGAGACUCUCCUGACGUGACUGGAUCUUUUAUGUCCAUGGACUGAAUUCACAAAUGGAUUUUUUUCAAUAAGCAACUCUCUAUAGCCAAUCAGAUGCCUCCCUCGUUUUCAGCCAAUCACAUGACUGCAGUCCUGAGUCGACCUCUGAAGAAUAAAUCCAGCCUCCGAGGCUCCCGGUUCCCUCGGUCAAAUGUCUAUGGGAAAUAACGGGGUUUUUGAAUGAUCACAUCGUACAUAACAAUCUCUAGGUGGCGAAGAAGUAAAAGCUGUGUCACGUUUUGAACUACGCACUUUUUCCAUUCCUAAUAACACUCAAGGAGCAAAACAUCAACCUAGAUCUACAAAACUUUAAGCACACUUAAGCCACAGUGUUUUGCAAAACAACACAACAUAUUUAUUUAAAGCCUGUGUGCGACUUACUAAAGCUUGUGUGCAAGUUACCAAUCACAUGCAAUUUUUAUGAAAAAAAAGUCUUCCCAUGUCACCUCCUGAGCUCUGUACAAAUUAGUAUGAGGGAUGCCAGAAAAACGAAAUCAGUCUGAAUCUCAACGAAUCUACAAACCGUUUACUCGGUUUGUGGCUGGUUUGUUUGGUGUGAAGAAAGUCUACGACAGUUGACACAUUGUACACAUAUGAUUGGGUCGGUUUAAUCUGUAUAGCAUACAGUCCAUGUGUGCUACACCCUCACUAGAGCUAGAGCAGAUCUUUACCUGCUCUUUACUGUUGCAUAGCUCGCAGGAUACACUGAUAAAAAGGGAUUCUUUCUUUUUAAAUUGAUUUGGCAAUUAUUUAGGGAAAAACACUUUAUAAUUUGCCUAUUGUGUAUGAAUUAGAACCAAAUAAUGGCUCUAUAGAGAAAAUAGCUGAGCCGGUACACACUGUUACACACCAGCAACACACAAGCUACACACCAGGUACACACCGCUACACACAGGACUCAUUGCGAUGAUACAGGCUUUGCUUCCAGCUUCAAGUCGCCGUUAUUCAGAGCGUGAAUGUCCAAUGUCUUUCUGAAAGCAUUGUCACCCCUCUGUCAGCUACCACCAUAAUUAGUCAAUCAAAUGAAAUUCAGUGGGCAAAACUGUAAUGUGUACGUUACCCUUAUAACGUUUCAACUUUCAUGCUGAUUUGAUUUUUGAUUCAUUUCAUCAUUAUUUGAAAAUGAUUGCUCUGACCACAGAUAACAGCACUGGGCUUCCUCAAAUAACAUUAUCCUCAGUUAUUAUUAUGCUACUACGAAUUAAAUGACACGCUACUUGAUAAUGUCAUCAAAUCACGUAUUUUGUUAUUUUUGUGAUGAGAGCACUUUGGACAGAAAUGACCUAACCUUUAAAUAAUCAUUAACAAGCGCAAGAUGACAUCGAGAUACAGAAUAUCUAGUAUAAAAUUAUACUAUAAUUGAGUGUACAACAAAAGCACACAAACGAUUAGUGGUUUGAUUGAUUGACUGACUAAAGUCUUCUCACCAAAUCUAUAAUUUACAAAGAUAGAAAGCUGAACAACUGCAACUAGAAUUGCAAUCCCUGAAGGUAUUGCGGUGUGAAUGCUAACGCUGAAAUGCUCCGCUCUACUGCUGAAGCUGCACGUUGAAAAAUAAAUACCCUGAAUCUAGGACAUCUGCUGAAAAUGUUGAAGGUAGAAUGAAGUCUGUAGAAUGAACUAUGAAUGAGUUGAA